CUUUUCCAUCAUUAUCAGCAACAUGAGCGUUAAUUCAGACGACGACAACACGCCUUCAAAGCGAAGAUGGCGAAUAUGGCUCAAUCCAACGACUACAGCCCAGCUUCUUCCUGGCGAUCCCAGAAGGCGCGAACAAAUAUGCGACAACAUAGAUGAAAGAGGCUUUGGAUGGCAGAUCUGGCUCGUAGCUGGUUCUGGCUUCUUCACUGAGUCCUACAACUUGUUCGCAACGAACGUCAUCCUACCUUCACUGGCCUACAUAUAUUGGAAUGGCGAUGAUUUCAGUAACCAUGAGUCUACGAUCAACCUCGUGACUCUAGGAGGGUCAAUAGUAGGCCAAUUGACAUUUGGCCUUCUCGCAGAUCUUCUGGGACGGAGGAAGCUCUAUGGGUUUGAACUUAUAUUUGUGAUAUUCGGUACCGUCGGCCUGGCAGGCUGCGGUACUGGUUUUGGCAAUUCAAUGAGUAUAAUGGGAUGGCUUGUAUACUAUCGUUUCUUUGUCGGAGUAGGAGUGGGGGCUGAGUAUCCAUUGGCAGGAGUUAUCACUUCUGAAUUUUCGCCAGUCCAGUCGAGAGCUCGUAUGAUGGUUGCCAUAACUCUGAUGCAACCGUUGGGGCAAUUGGCCGCUGCCGCUGUGGGUCUGACGGUUCUUACCACUCUUGGGAAGGGGAGAGGACUGGAAUCGUUGACGGAAAGCGCGGACGAUCACAAAGCAGCUGCGGCUAUCAUCGACCGCAUAUGGAGGAUAGUUAUUGGAGUAGGGGCGAUUCCCGCGUUUCUGGCCAUCGUUGCGCGUUUGACCAUCCCAGAAUCGCCAAGGUUCACUCUGGAUGUCAGCCAUGACGGCAAACAGGCACUCAAAGCCAACCAGGAGUACUUGGGCCAACCUAUUUUCGACGACUACGAUGAUAUUGUACUAGACUUUGAAGGGAGCAGUGUUCACAGCUCUAUUGCUGCCGCUCCAACUGGCAAAACACUCCCGUUUGGGUCUCCUCCUAGGGCACCUUCUAUUUUGGAGAUUCAGAACGUACCAACGAUCGGAAAUGAUACUGCAGGAGAAUCUUACCAGCUCAAAAACCUUAAUGGACCAAUCGUGCACCAAGGAAAUGGUGAUAUUGGUGUGGCAGACAAAUUCACGGAAGUGAAUGAGAUUGGAGAGGCUAAAGAAGCUUACAUACAUGUCAACGGUCGUCCACAUUCACGUUCACGUUCACGUUCAGUUUCUCCGGUGAGUCAGAGCUGGGCUCAUGAUGACAACGGAGAUCAAAAUCCCUUCGACGAGGAGCCCCCGGCGAUGCCAAAGAAUCCACAUCCCUUCUCUCGUCGAGAACUGAAGAAGUACUUUGGCACAGAAGGAAACUGGCGUAAGCUAGCCGGAGUCUCUAUCUGCUGGUGCUGCCUAGAUGUUGCAUUCUAUGGCCUUGGUAUUGGGAAUCCCAGGGUUGUGGCCCAAAUCUGGGCGUCUUCCCGUGCAUCUGACAAUAAUGCGGGCUUACCAAUGUGGGGGAAUCCAGCAGACCCGACACUAUCAAUCUACAACGUCCUAUACCAAGACUCUCUACACUAUAUCAUUACCAUUUCUCUCGGAUCCUUGUUGGGCAGCGUUGUCCUCUUGAAGGCUAUCGACUAUAUACCGCGGAAAGCUGUGUUAGCAUGGUCGUUUCUGGCACUGGGCAUCACAUUCGCAAUUGUUGGAGGGAUCUAUUCCACCGUCGUAUACACCAACCUCCACGCAUUUCUCAUUACAUUCUACGCUCUCCUACAACUGCUAUUUAAUCUUGGACCCAAUACGAUAAUCUUCUUGUUGGCGGCUGAAAUAUUCCCAACUCGCUACCGUUCAACUUGCUUCGGCAUAACUGCCGCCUCUGGCAAGCUCGGCAGCAUCAUCGUCCAAAGCAUCCUCCCAUGUGUCAAAGUCGAUGCCAGAAACAGCACCAGUAUGAGCCGAAUGCUCAUUGCUUUCGCUUUCGUGAUGGCCCUCGGCUCACUAUUUGCAUGGGCGUGGAUCCCAGAAGUGCAAUACUCUCGCAAGCCGGCAGCUGUGCCUGCCGUCCUCGAAAAUGGGCCUGUGGUAGAGCGUACUCCAGAGGAGGCAGAGGAACAGAAGCAGAGGGAGAGAUGUAAGGGUCAUAAAAUUCCAACCAAGACGCUGGAGACACUUGCAAAAGGGAGACUUGGUGAAGAUCCAGGUAAAAGAGUCGGAUUGCGGACAAACUUGAAAAAGGUGUGGGAGAAAUUACGGUCAAUCUUGCGAUCUUGAUCUUGGUGCUUUGGAAGGGUAUAUAAAUAGAUUUAAUAAUGUUACGAAAAGAAACAUUCCCCCACAAAGGCAAGUAAAAGAACCUCGGAGCUUUGAGCAGUACGGGUGAUGUGGAGAGUGGCCGGGAAGAAUAGUUAGUGGAACCAGGCUUGGCGAUAUUCCGGACCAAUCGGUUUCUGCCGAUUCGUUCCAGGGGUCUGGAACAGGCGGUAAUGGAACGUUCCAAUCGUUCCUAAGCGAGCUAAUCCCUGUAGAUUCUCGUUAUUUUAUAAAGACUUCUAUUAAUUAUACUAUUAAGAGGC